AAAGGUGUCAUGUGGAUCACAGUCUGGGAACUGCUGCUUUACCGGAAGGGAGGCCAAAAAUCAUUACAGUGGGCAGUGGUGAUGGCCAGAGUUUCAGACUUCCUUGCUCUCACGUGGAGAGGAUGGCACUUUGCAAAAAAACAAAUCCCUUUCAGGGGAGCAUGGCACAGUGCUCUGUUAUGAAACUCAAACAGAAAGAAGAAAAAAUCUAGCUUACUCCCACUCAUUCUCUUGAUUCCCCCACUAAAAAUGGUCUUCAAACGCAAUAUUAAAGAGGAAAAUACUGGAGAUGGAUGAUGCCAGGCUCCAUACCCAGGUAUCUCCAGCUUUCCUUUGUAGCACAAAGCCAGCAGCAAUCAGGCAAUUCCACAAUCUCAAGCAAAUUAAAGCGCAGAGAAAUCCACCAAUAACCAUGAGGCUAGGAGACUUCUAGCUGCACGGUACACUGGGCACGCACUUGGACAGCACUGGCAAGGUCCCAUUCCGGAGCACAGCUGGCCCAGGAGGUUCAGAGGAUCCUCCUGGCUGGUGUCUACAAUAGCUAUGGUGACCUUGUUACCAGCUGCUGAGACUUUUGAAAAGGGAAAGAAAAACCACUAAUGCAGGACAGGUUAAGUGCUCCUAGACCCAAGGUCCUGCUCUCCAAAUUGCAGCUCCCUAGAGUUCCUGCAGGUAUGUGCCAAGGACAUGUUAUAGAUCAGCUACAGCAGCAAUCCUCAAAUGGAGGGAAAAAAUUAAUUACUUUCAUGACCUGAAAUCAACCCUAUCGGCUCAAGCUGUCAAUAAGCAGUUGGCUUCCUGCUAAGCACAGACCCGAAACAGCCCUGCAGAAAUUGAGCUGUUCCUGGGAAGCCCCAGGAACACAAUGCAGCCAGCUGUAUCCAUAACACACUCCAAGAAAACAAUUUCUGCCACAGGCAGCACAGGGUCCUUGUGCCAGAGGAUGCUUUAGAGCUGGAGCUUCCACUGACCAGUUUGAACCUCACGGCACCGUACCAGGUCUGAAUGAACCAUGUGCACUGGCAACCAACACCCCCAGUAUAUCCAGUUCCCCAAACUGGGCUACAAUAAUGAUGGCUUAUGGAACCUUAAUUACUUGCUGGAGGAAGGACAAUUCCAUUCUUCAGCGGUAGUAAGGGGAUUUCAGAAUGAAGUAAGAAUUCUGUUAACUGGAAAGUGUGUGGUCAUGCAGGUUGCAAGGUGAGGGGGCUUCCAGCUGAGUGCUGCCAAUCCUGUCUGCAAACAACUUGGCUCCACAGCUGCAAAUUAGUUCCUCUCUGCCCCCAGCUCUCCCAAACAGUUAACUUGUGGCUGUGAGACCAUCCUAUCUCCCUGCCUGCUCAACAAUAGAUCCAGCUAAACAAAUGCCUCCUAAUUGACUUUAAGCAACACUUGAUUGCUUUUACAAAAAACAAAAGAGAGGAAAACAUUAUGGUUUAUGAAAUAAUGACUAAUCCUGGAGCAAGAGAAAGGGGAUGGGUUGGAGCACUGGUGUCAAACCGAGAUUCAAUCUUGGCUGAAAGAGCCUCAAGACACAUGGGCCAAGUCAUUCACCCCUCCCCAACUGCCCUCAUUUCCACACCUGCUGAUCUAAGCCAAACCCCUGCUAAAAUACAAACAAUCGGGGCCUCUGGCAAAUGAAAAUUGGAGCAUUGUCUUCCCCAUGAGGGCUCUGAAAGGGCCGCACUUAAUGAGGAUGGAUUGACAAAGAGGUGGCUGGUAGGCUAUAAAAGGCAUUCCACAGUCAGGAGCAGCUCAGUCCGGGGUGUGCUGUUGGUUCACUUGCUCCAAGCAUGGUCAGGUCCCUCCGCAGGCACCCCUGGAGGUUGGGUGGCCCGUGGCUACUGGGUCUCCUGGCACGCCUGCUGCUCUGGGGCUCUCCGGGCGCCUGGGCGAGCUACCUGAGGAGAUCCUCCAGCUGCAUGCCCAUCCCACAGCACAUGGCCUUGUGCUACGAUAUCGGCUACUCCGAGAUGAGGAUUCCCAACCUGCUGGAGCACGAGACCAUGACAGAAGUCAUCCAGCAGUCUUCCAGCUGGCUGCCCUUGCUAGCCAGAGAGUGCCACCCAGAUGCUAGGAUUUUCCUCUGCUCCCUCUUUGCACCAAUCUGUUUGGACAGGCUCAUCUACCCCUGCCGCAGCCUCUGCGAAGCCGUCAAGAGAAGCUGUGCGCCCGUCAUGGCUUGUUACGGCUAUCCCUGGCCCGAAAUCCUCAACUGCAACAAGUUCCCUGCAGAUCAUGAACUGUGCAUUGCAGCAGUCUCCAUGGAUGAAAAUUCCUCAAGCAGGAGAAUGCCCCGAGCCAGCUGCAAGGACUGUGAGCUUGAGGAGGCCAGCACUGCCAGGGAGAUCCUGGAAAGCCUCUGUGCAAAUGAUUUUGCUGUGAAAAUCCGAAUCCUGAGGAGGAACACCACCACCACCAUCUCGGACUUCGACCUGGACCCCUCCAAAGUGGAGGUGCUGAAGCACGGCCCACUGCUCAGAACUGAAAUCCCUGCCAGGCUCCAGCAGUGGCUGGACAUAGAUGCCACCUGCGCCCACAACAUCAUGAGAGGCACUCAGGCAGGGGUCUUCGUUGUAAGUGGUGACGUACAGAGUGACAAAGUGGUGGUGAACAAGGCCUAUGCCUGGCAGAAGAGGAACAGGAACCUGCACCAGGCAGUGAGGAGGUGGAAACAUCACCGCUGCCCCGAACAGGCGGGAUGGAAGCUUCCUGCACUGAGAGCUGAUCAGCAUCCACACACGCAAAAGGAAACAGCCAUUCUCAAGUAAGAAAGGCACAGAGCAGACAGCUGAGGGUUUCUACAUAACAUGGAAAAAACUGUGUUUCAACAUCAGAAAUUCAGUGUGGAUCAGAAGAUUCUGGUAACGGGGGAUAUCACAAGAACCUUGAGAAAAGCAGAGCAUGAGUGAGACAUCAGCUGUUAAAGCUCUGCUUUGGUGUGAACAGCAGCUUUGCUCAGGACUGGGAGGUGAGGCCCAGCCCCAGCACAGUAGGAUAUUGCAGUAUCGAUAUGAGAGCAGGGGAGAAACCUUCCACAGCACCUCUACAUAAGGAAGAUAGAAAACAUGGGAAAACUCAGUCUCUCUGCAGCUCACUAUCUCACUCAAGCAGGACUGUCACUCCCUGCAGGGGCACACACUGUGCUCCAGACCACAGAGCAGAAAACGGCAAAUCCCCAGAUGAGGAAACAACUUGGAUUUCUACCGCGUAACAAAGCACUGCCCAUGGAAAAUUUUCUAUAUCGGCAGAAACCUGUGGCUGAAAUAAAAAACCAAAACAAACGGAAAAACCAGCCUUUGGGAGGAAUGCUUUCUGCCUUGCUGCUGACGCCUGCAGUGCUGGCCGUGCAGAGACAGCCGGGCUGCGGGAGG